AUAAUAAUAAAAUAAAAAUUAGCCCCUCUACCUCCGCCUGAAAAUUAUCAAAGCAGGCUGGUAGUGAUGGGGAAAUAAUAAUAUCUGUGGGGGGGCACAGUGCAGAAAGAAUUACAGGAGAAAUCAGAUUAAAAAGCAGGAAGGAGAGAGAGAGCAGGAGGAGGAGGGAGAGAGGAGGAGGAUCGAGGCUCGGCCGCCAUCGCUGUGUGAAGGAGUGAGGCCGUCUGGUAAGAGGAGGGUCCCGGGGAGGAGGCCUCGGAGGGGGCUGACAGGGGCUGGAUGGAGCCGAUGGAUCCCGUGGCGGGAUGGCUGGGGGGGUGGGAGAUGUGGGUGUCCGCUGGUGCCGCCCCCUCUCGGCUCUCAAUCAGGGCGGGGGGGGGGGACCUGGGGGGCCCGGCUGCGGGGAGACGGAGCUGCUACGCCACAACCCCCUUCUCCAGCCCAGGCACCGCCGCCAUUCGUGCAAAGGGGAGAGAGAGCCAGGCCCCCCCAGCCAUCCAUCCACCCAGCCAUCCCUCCUCCUCCUCCUCCAGCAUCCUGCCUCCCUCAGCCACAGCGACCGGCCUUUUUAUCCACCCCCAGUCCCAUCCCCAGUCCCAUCCCCUAGCCUCUUCCCUUCCUCCUGAUUAUCCCUGCCACGAAUAAGUACUAUCAUUAAUUCACCAUGAGCGGUAUGUAACCACCCCCUCACCCCCCCUUUACCCCCCAACUCCCUGCCAGGUCUAUGGCCCCCCUCCUCCUUCACAUGCCCUGCUUUAAUCUCCCCCCCUCUAUCAUGUCCUCAGACCCCACUCUGGUGACAGCCUCCUGUGGGGUGUGACUGUACCCAUAGGGUCGGGUUUAAGGAGCAUGACAUGUGUUUAGAUACAACUGUUACCAUGUGGGGGGUGGGGGGGGAGAGAGGGGAAGGUUUGUAUUUUUAUAAUUAUUUUAUAUGCCAGGUUGGCAUCAUGCACAGGUACGGUUGCCCCUGGCUACUGACUUGCACUAUGGUGGUGUGUUUGCCAUUGGUUGGGGUCUAUGAAAUUGAAAUCUAGUUACAACACCCACCCGUAGGCAAAUAUGACCACAAAAAAAAAUAGUUUUAUGAUGUGCCAUGGUAGCCUAUAUUCUGCGUCUUAAUCCAGCGUAGUUGUAGUCUACUUUUAUUCAUAUAAAGGUUUUUUUUUUUGUGUAAGACAUAUGUCAGUUGUCUUAUUAUUUUCCAGAUCAGACAGAGGAGACUAUGGCGAGCGAAGGAGGAAAAACAAAUGAAUCUGAAAGCAAAAAAAAGGGCAAAGCUUCAGGUUCACAGGUAAUGCACAAUUUUUAUUUAUUUAACUGGCUAAUGUGUGGAUGUCAGGUGCGCUUGAUAUUUUUUAAGGGAAUUUGUACCACACAUGCACACUUUUUUUUUUUUUUUUAUUCAUUAUUUACAACGUUAAUUAGUUAACUGUAAAUAAUCUGUUUCCUGUGUUGUAUAUCUUGACUUUGAAGAUGGUUUGCAGGGGCAACAUAUACGUUUCUGAGAAUGUAACCACUUCCUGUCAAAAUAGUUAAAUGUCUUAGAACUGUCAGAAGUGAACACACCCAUUUUGUCUCUAAACCUUCCCACUUUUAUCUUGUGACUAGGACUCUCAGCCCUCUCCUCUGGCCUUGCUGGCUGCAACUUGCAGUAAAAUAGGAACGACUGGAGAAAAUCAAGGUGCUGGACAGCAGCAAAUCAUUAUAGAUCCAAGUCAAGGCAUAGUACAGCUUCAGAACCAACCACAGCAACUGGAACUAGUGACAACUCAGCUGGCUGGCAGUGCUUGGCAAAUUGUUGCUACUGCUCCUCCUGUUUCGAAAGAAAACAACAUUUCACAGCAAGCAAUUUCCAUUGCUGCUAGUACAGCAGCAUCAUCCAGCAACAACAAUGAAAACACAUCCCCUUCUAAAAGCAAAGCUACGAAUUCAGCUACUUCUCCAGGGCAAUUUCAGGUUAUCCAGGUACAAACGCCAAGUGGCAAUGUACAGUAUCAGGUCAUUCCUCAGAUUCAGACCGUAGAUGGCCAGCAUAUUCAGAUUGGCCCUGGAAACGCCACUGCACUUCAAGAUCUGCAAGGGCAAAUACAGUUUAUUCCUGCAAGUAACAAUCAAGCUAUCAUCACAACUGGCAACAGAACAUCUGGAAAUAUUAUUGCACAAAACCUGGCAAAUCAAACCGUUCCAGUUCAGAUCCGACCAGGAGUCUCUAUACCGUUGCAGCUGCAAACCAUUCCGGGUGCUCCUCAUCAAGUGGUGACAACCUUGCCCAUAAACAUUGGAGGAGUGACUCUAGCUCUGCCUGUGAUAAACAGUGUGUCUGCAGGAGGAGGUUCGGCACACAUAGUUCAGCCUACAGAUGGUGGGGUUUCCAAUGGAAAUCAGCUGGUGUCAACACCCAUCACAACUUCCUCUGUUAGUACUAUGCCAGAGUCUCCCUCUUCCUCCUCCUCCUCGACUUGUACAACCACUGUGGCUACAACUCUGACUAGCAGUGAUACGCUUGUCAGUUCAGCUGAAACAGGCCAAUAUGCAAACACACCAGGAAGUGGUGAGCGUAACACAGAAGAGUCCCCAGCAUCUGUUACAGAUUCUGAAACUCAGAACAGUCAGCUUCAGGCAAAUGGACUGCAGAGUGUUUCAGAUCAGUCAAAUUCUCUGCAGCAGGUGCAGAUUGUUGGGCAGCCUGUCUUACAGCAAAUACAAAUCCAGCAGCCUCAGCAACAGAUCAUACAAGCCAUACCCCACCAGUCUUUUCAGCUUCAAUCAGGACAAACCAUACAGACUCUUCAGCAGCAGCAACUGCAAAAUGUCCAACUUCAAGCACUUAGCCCCACUCAAGUUCUCAUUAGGGCCCCAACAUUGACCCCAUCUGGUCAGAUCAGCUGGCAGACUGUGCAGGUCCAAAAUAUUCAAAGCCUUCAGAAUUUACAGGUUCAAAAUGCACCGCAGCAGUUAACUAUAACACCAGUCUCUACGAGCAGUGGUACCACUAUAGCCCAGAUUGCACCAGUUACAGUUGCUGGCACACCAAUUACUCUAAAUGCAGCUCACUUUACGUCUGUACCCAAUCUGCAGACCGUAAGUGUUGCAAACCUGGGUGCAGCAGGAGUACAAGUUCAGGGAGUUCCAGUAACUAUCACCAGCGUUGGAGGUAAGUUUGGUGUGUGUAAAGUUGCAGUGUUUUAUAAAAAUAAAUAAAAAAUAAAAUUCUUAAGGUUGUGUAGUUUCAGCUGUCUGGGUGUUGUUGGAGUAUAGUUCCAAUCACUCACGGGCUGGCCAAAGCUGUUAAAAUUCUGUCCCAAAAUUCUGCCUUUUCACAGUCAUAGUUGACCGUUUUGCUACCAGGAAAUCAUUGGAAACACCAUCCACUGGCAUGCAGAGUCCUGUGGCACUAAAAUAAUUAAACAUGGAGUUUUUAACACAAGAAUGAUGUUUUUUUUUUUGUUUUUUUUAUUUAUUUUUUUUUUUAUGAAGAUUAUUUGUCAACGAAGGUGCUCUACACUGUGCUUGAUGCUGCACAGGUCUCUAAACAUUAUUUCAUAAUAUAUUAACAUUUGAAUGUACCUUUUACUAAAUAGGUAAUAGCAAUUAAGUUGUUUGGGGUGUCAAACUUUUUCGCUUACAAUUUGUAACACAAACUGACUUGUAUUAUGUAUAGUACCAAUCCUUUAUUGUGUUACGAGUAGCAAGUCUAAUUUUCAGAGGAUAUUGAACCUACAAAUAACUAUCUUGUACUAGGACUCUGGCAUAGGCAACCUUCGGCACUCCAGAUGUUUUCGACUACACAUCCCAUGAUGCUUUGCCAGCAUUAUGGGUGUAAGAGCAUCAUGGGAGAUGUAGUCCACACCACCUGGAGUGCCAAAGGUUUCCUAUCCCACUAGGAUAACGCUUAGCAAAUGCAUUGAUUUGCAGAUCUAGUAAAAAUAAAGUAUGUACGCAAUCCAGUUUCUUCCAAACAGCCGCAAAGUUAAUAAUUGUGCACCUGCGUCUCACCAGACCUCAAGUCUUAAAAGGACACUCCACUGCCCAAAUACAAAAUAAAUCUCAUUGUUUAGUAGAUAUACCCCCACAUAAAAUCUUGCAUGCAUUUUUUUUUUUAUUAUUUUUUUAUUUUUUUAUUAAGUGUAUAUCUAAAAACGGCCUGUAAAACCUUCAAUUUUCUUGUCUGGAGUUAUUGCAAAACCUCCCCUUCUAUUCCCGCAUAGACUUUCUGUGGCUGUCCAAUCACAGACUUCCCAAUGCCGUUACAUAUAGUUACAUAGCUAAAAAGAGACUUGCGUCCAUCAAGUUCAGCCUUCCUCACAUUUAGUUUUUUUGCGGUUGAUCCAAAAGAAGGCAAAAAAAAACAGUUUGAAGCACAAUUUUGCAACAAGCUAGGAAAAAAAUCCUUCUUGACCCCAGAAUGGCAGAAAGGUUUAUCCUUGGAUCAAGCAAUUACCCUACAUUGAAUAUUCUGUUUUUGCAAGUAUGCAUCUAGUAGCUGUUUGAACAUCUGUAUGGACUCUGAUAAAACCACUUCUUCAGGCAGAGAAUUCCACAUCCUGAUUGUUCUUACAGUAAAAAAACCUUUCCUUUGCCUUAGACGAAAUCUUCAAUGAGAAGUCUUUACUAGGCAGGUGCUGUGAGCAAUUGCUGCCUCUCGAGUUUAGCUCUACUGACCUAACUUAACAAGGUAGUAACAUUACCUGCUGUCUACUUGAUAGCCAAGGUGGUGCAACCAGGUUAAUUUAUAAAAUUGUACAUUUUUAUUUGAAUCUGCACUUUUUGCAAAAUGGGAAAAAAAGUCACACUUUUCACACACAAAGUGUUUCAGCAAGCUAGUGCUCUAGGGGUCUGGAGUGUCUCUUUAAGUAAAUCUGGCAGGAUUGAAUUGCACAAAGCUGAUCUAUCUCAUAAUGCUUUGCCUGUGUGUGUAAAUACUACUCCCUAUUCCUGCAAAUAUACACAGAGAAUUUUGUCACUUGGUUAUCACCGUAUGUAUGUAGUUAUUUAUAUAUUAAAACUGACUCAUACUAUGCAUGACAGGGUUGCUUUAACCCUUUAGAACAAGUACACUUUCUGGUACUUGUAUAAAAAAUAAAUUAAAUGGGCACUCCAGGUGGGAAUUUAUUUUAUUUCUUACUAUUAAUUGCUUGUAAUACAAUUCCACUGUAUAAUUGGAAAGUGCUACAGAAAAUGUUGGCACUGUGUAAAUGCUAAUAAUAAUUAUCCAUUUAUUUUCAGUAUAUAAAUAAUGCAUAAAAAUAUAGAAAACAACCAAUUCAUGAUAGCGGGGAAAAAAAUGUUUUUCUUUGCAUCCAAGCGCCAGUGAUCAGAACUGGGUUGUUGCACUUCCUCAAUGAAAAAGUCAGACUGAAGGAGGACCACUGAAAAGGUUGAAACAAAACAGUCUGUUCCCUAGUCUCCUCCUCUCUGCACUUAAGAGACAGCUUUUAUUUAUUUUUUUUUUAACUAACAAAAUUGUAUUUUACUAGAGAAAUGCAAUUCUUAAAGGGACGCUAUAGUCACCAGAACCAUUACAGCUUAAUGUAGUUGUUCUGGUGUCUAUAGCAUGUCCCUGCAGGUUUUCAAUAUAAGCACUGCCUUUUCAGAGAAUUGCUGCCUAGUAACACCUCUAGUGACAGUCAUACAGCCAGCCACUAGAGGGUCUUGGUGUAGCACGUAUGUUCAGCGUUUCCACGCUCUUCAUAGAGGCACUGAAUGUUGCCCAUAGAUAUGCAUUGUAGGGAUCGGCCGAUAGUCUGUAUUUUCAGCAAUAUCGGUAUCGGCCAAUAAAGAUACCGAUAUUGCCGAUAAUGCAGACCAGGGCCGCCAUCAGGAUCCUGGGGGCCCAGCACACUCUUAUUUACCUUCCCAGCAGCUCCCCAGUCAAACUCUUGCGAGUCUUGCGGCCGUCAGAGCGUUGCCACAGGUUACCAUGGCAACGCUCCGCACGGCACACAUGCCUUGAGAGUUGGACAGGGGAGCUGCUUGGAAGGAAAGUAGGAGUGUGCUGGGCCCCACAGGACCGCUGCGGGUCCCCCCUGGGAAUGCCAUAUCCCCCCUCCCUGGCCAGUUAAGAAGUAGGGAAGGGGGACUAAAACAAAAUGUUAAAAAUCCCCCCUCCCUCCUAUUUUACACCCAGCUUCCCUAUCUUUUGGGAGAGAUGGAGUGGAAAUUUCCCUGGGGUUCAGUGUGGCCGCUCUCUAAUAUUCCUGCAGUUCCCCUCUGCUCUCUCUGUAGUGAUUCUGGGGCCGAAGGGAUGUCCUAUUUCAGCUCCCGGCAUCAUUAAACAGCGCUAGGGAGCAGAUAGGAACUGAAGGAAGAUUACUGCUCCCUCGCUCGCCGCCUCCUUGCUGCCUAAGCCGGCUGGUUCAAUGCUACGCAGGGUGAUCGACUCCAGUGAUCACUGGGAUGGUCUCCGCCACGCUCCCCUGGGCGGCUGCCUUCUCUAAAGGGCUGACAAAUCCCAUUUGUCGAGCCUUGAAGGAGCCAAACUGGAAGCACAGAAUUAGAGACUUUUUCCAAUUCAGCUGUUUUGACCUUAAAUUUAAAAUUCACUUUGAAUUCCCACUAUAGUGAAUAACCCUGAAAGUGAUAGUGAUGAAAACUGUAACAAAAAUUAACAUUUUAGUAAAGACUGACUAAAACUAAAUCAAAAUUUGCUGUCAAAAUGAACACGGAUUCUUUCCAGCAGUAGUACAAAUAUUUAAAAUAUCAAUGAAAAGAACUGGCUGUAAGAAGUGCCGUAAAACCCAACUCUUUAGGAAAGCUUACGGCCUCCCAGAGUAACCUCUACCUCACAUACCUGUACCUUGCUAUCUCCUAAAGGGCAGCACUCUACUCUCUCUCUUCCACCUCUGCUUCACUCCCACCUUAUUUGAUUGCUAUAUCCUGUCUUACUGUGUUUUACACCCCACCUUCUAUAUACUGUAAGCUUGUUUGAGCAGGGUACUCUUCAACCUAUCGUUCCCCUAUCGUUCAACCUAUCGAGUUUUUUGUAAUUGUCCUAUUUAUAGUUAAAUACCCCCUUUUUAAAAUAUUGUAAAGUGCUAUGGAAUCUGUUUGCGCUAUAUAAAUGGCAAUAAUAAUAAUAAUAAUGCUAAUGCACAUAUUACCUGUACCUGGAUAUAGAAAAAAAAAAUUUCUGUUUAAAGGGAUGAUUUAGCGAUCUUUAGGCACCCUAAAAACUUCAUCUAAAUAAAGUUAUGAUGUCCUCUUAGCUGAAGGGGUUAAACUAUACUCUAACAGUUUAACCCCAAAGUUACCUCCAGCACCGAUCACAACUCACCCCAGAUGGCAUCCGAUUUCUGAAACUUCACUUUCAGGAUGCAUGUAGUGCUGCUGAUUGGCUAAGAGUGGUCAACUAAGACACCAAGAUAUGAACCAUGUGGUAGAACUUGAUGUGUUGCCUAGUAUAUGUAGUAACGAAAACUUACUAUAGAAUAAACUUUGUCAGUUUGCUUUUUCUGGUACAUCUCUGAGCUAGUAGAGUUUUUUUAGCCACCAUCCUUUCCUCUUCCCAGACCUCUAAACCACCCAUCUCAAUUUCACAUGAACUAGCCAUGCAUGAGAAACCUUGUGCAUGCUCAUGACUUUUUCUUGUAGCCCAUUCCAGCUUUGUGUAGGUCUACAAUCUUGUCACUGACAUCCUUGGGCAGCUCUUUGGUCUUGGCUAUGGUGGAGAGUUUGGAAUCUGAUUGCUUCUGUGGACAGGUGUCUUUUUUUAAAUAGGUAACGAAAAAAAAGCACUACCUUAAAGACAGUGCUCCUAAUCUCAGCUCGUUACCUGUAUAAAAGAAACCUGGGAGCCAGAAAUCUUGCUGAUAAGGGAUCAAAUACUUAUUUCACUCAUUGACAUGCAAAUCAAUUUUAUAACUUUUUUGGCAUCUGGUUUUCUGGAUUAUUUUUUUUAACUUUCACUGUUAAAUACACCUAUCAUUAAAAUUAUAGACUGAUCUUCUUUGACAGUGGGCAAACAUUCAAAAUCAGCAGGGGAUCAAAAACUUUUUUUUUCCCUUCACUGUAUGAGAUAUUUUGUGUGUGGGUGUAGUGGAUGUAGCGCGUGUGUGUGUUUGUAUAUAGAGGCUGUAGUUUGUGUGUUUAGGAAAUGGAGUAUGUAAUGUAUGUAUGUAAGGUAUGCCUUUUGUUACAUAGUUGGUUACAUAACUGAAAAGAGACAUGCGACCAUCAAGUUCAGCCUUUCUCACAUUUGUUAUUGCUGUUGAUCAAAAAGAAUUUAAAAAUAACAGCGCUUCCAAUUUUGCAACAAACUAGGAAAAAAAAUCCUUUUAGACCCAGAUGUGGAGUCAAGCUAUUGCUGCACAGUCGCUAAUCCAAUAAAGAGGGAUUUACCACAAGUACCCCAUGGUGGGCCACCUAUUACUAUAUUUAACAAUAGAGGGGAACAUAGCAUCCCCCUCCAGCCCCACCCAGUGAGUGUGUGCUAUUGAACUAAAGGGGGGAACCUAUUGUAUCCCGCAGCCUCUACCCAUUAGCGGCAGGUAGGGGCCCUAACUAAUAAUGGGGGAGACCCCCAGCCCCCACCCAUUAGAGGCGAAUGGAGACUAAUUGUAAAAAUAAAUUCCCCCCCCUCUCCCCCAGUGACAAGGGGUCCCUAGUAAGCAAAUACCCUAUCUCUCUCACUCCUAAAAAUUAAUCCCAUCAAAUUAACACAAUUUUAAAAAAUGUCACAGAAAAAAAAAAAAAUCCACCUUCACCCAGCAAGGGCUCUACGCAGACUUAGCUUUGUAGUGCAGGAAAACGCUUCUAAAGAAUAUGGAGAAGAGGUAAGUAUGAUGGAAAAACUUUUUGACACAAGAAGUUCAGCUUACUUAAGCUCCUCCUUGUGUCAAAGAAAGUCAGGCGUAGGAAAAAUACUUAAAGCGGCACAGUCGUGGCCGCAUCGUUUUUUGUUGUUGUUGUUUUUAACCCUCCCCUCCCGACUAAUACAUCUAAUAGCACCCUGGUCACCCCCAAAUGCCACUAAGCCCCCCAUAUUACCUAUAUUUAAUGUCUCUUUUCUGCCCUGCGGAGCUCAGUCUCCGCGGUGCCCUCGCUGGGAAUAACAUGCGUUAUUGUUUUUGCGCUCUGGACUUUUUUUAUUUUAUAAAUUCGACAGGCUUUAUGGUUUUUUUUUUUUUUUUAUUUUGCCCUUUUUGGGGGCUGAAAAAAGACUUCAAAUGGUAAGUGUUUAUUUUUAUUUACAGGGACUUGGUUUUAUUGUCUCCCCUCACUAUUUUUAGGGUGAGGGGAGUAGGUAGAAAUGUAUUUUAUUUUUUGGGGGGCGGGGGAAGGACUAGGGGCUUGCAGGGGGGUCUUUUUUGCAACAGUGAGCAGCCACUGACUGCUCACUGUUUAGUAGACAUGCCCCUACUUGCGGCAUAGCAAGUAGGUGCAGAUUUAUUACUAAUACUAAGUCAUUUUUGCUUAGUAUUAGUAAAGUUGGCUGAAAGACCAGUUUUGGUCUUUCAGCCUUUUGGUAGAAAGCUUCCUAAUACCAUGGGAAUUAGGGAACUAUUUACUAAGCGGCUGCAAGAUGCAGCCGCGGCACGAAUAGGAUCAGUUUCAUUCAUUUGAAUGAAAUUCAAAUACGAACAGAAACUACCGAAUGCCAUUCUAACCCGAAUUAACGGACGGAAUUCUGUAGUUUUGCCGGCGUUCUGUCUACAUGACAGGACGCUAGGGAAUAAUGAAAGUAAGCAUCGCGAGAUCAGAUGAGAAUUGUGAGAAAAUUCCUUUGACCGCGAGAAGUGGGCCAAAGCUGGUGAAGCGUAGGAAGCCUCAAUAAGACAAAGUAGUCCCUACUUUGUCUUAUGUUUUAAAGAAAACUAGAACUGACAGGAAGAAAAGAACAACAGAUCCUGAGAGAGGUAAAGAAAAGGAAGCGAUUGGGGAAAGGUAAGUCCGGCAGGACAGUGCCACUUUAACACAAAGUAGAAAGACCAGAUAGGAAAGAGGAAGAGCAGAGGAAGCAAUUGGGUAAAAAUAUGUAAGUAGGAAACCACCAAAAUAAAUAAUAUUAAUGUGUAUGUACAAUAUCUCAAUGAGGCAACACAAGGCCACUGUUAUAAUUUCAGAGUGGCCAUUGGGUGAUCAUUUUAUUUAUUGUAAUGUCUAGUAUUUGGGAAACAGGAAAACUGUUCAUAGACAACUCAACACAAUGUAAAGGCUAUGUAAGUUUAUGUACACAAAGUUGUAUAUGGCCUAACUCGACAAAAUUCCUGCUCCUCCCAGCAUGUGGCUGCACAUAGACAGUGAGUGCUGGGAUGUGACUUCAUAUCCUCGCACUCGUUAUCUGUCUCCAAGAAAACGGUUAGUUACUGCAAGCUGGUUAUACAACAUAUUGAUUUUUUUUUUUUUUUUUCUUUGCCUGAUUGCUAGAGUCAAAGCAACUUUUCCAACCUCUGGUUUGUGAUAUCAAAAUAAAUAUUUUUAAAUGAUUCAGAAGUUUCAUUUGUGUUUACAUUUUCUGCCUCUUGUUCUGAGGAGAUUGUAUUUCCUAGCAGGCACCUGGCUUCCCUAUCUUAAUUGGCCGCUCACUGUCCAUCAUUUUGAAAGUUUGUCACCUACAGUAUAAGAGGAAUGCAAACUGCACAUAGGAAUAGGUUUAGAUGACUGUCUAAAAUAGCCCUUGCAUAAUGACUUUCACAGUGGGUAGUCUUAAGUCUGUUAUUAACAAUGUCUCAAACAGUUGAACCGUUAGACAAAUGUUAACAUGUACACUUAUUUUUUACGUGGGUUUUUUUAUAUUUGUGUUUACUUGUUCUUUUUUGUUAAUAGUCCACCAGUAUGUUCUGGUAAUUUCUUUGGAAAGUGUUUUAGUUUUGAAGAUAUUUCUUAUAAAAAAUUCAUACAUAUCUGCUGUUAUUCCAUGUAUGCACUGGCCCUUUUGGCACAUGGCUAAACCACCAUUAAUUUUAUUGUAUUUUUUUUAAUGCGAUUUAAUACAACAAAAUCACAAAGUUAUCUUUUUAAGGUGUUACUUCAAGCAUCAGUAACACUUCAGUGAUUUGAAUAUAACCAAGUAUAUUGGCAAAUUGUUGCUAAAUGGUUUACCCCAUUACAUGGAAUAGAGACCAGGGUACUGCUGGCAUCAUAACCACUACAAAAUGCUAUAGUGUUUAUGAUGCUUGCAGUAACCCUUUAAGUGUACAUUUAACUAAUUUACAGCUGAAAUAGAUACUUAAUGGCCUUUGUUAGUGAUUGACCAGAAAACUCAUUAAUCCACUAUUGGCUCUAAAUGUAAUUAAGAAACCGCUUAGCUAAACCCUCUGUGCUGUUAAUAAAUAUCGAGGUAAUUAUGUCCUACCUUAAAGGGUUACUCCAAGCAUCAUAAAUCACUGUAGUGUUUAUGAUGUCAUGAGGUCCCAAGCCUGUUUUUUGCAACAGUUUGCUCUGUUACUUGGGUCUCAGUCAUGCACAGAGGGUGCUCUAUGGCUGGUAAGGUGCAUCUGGUUUCUACAAAACUGCACAACACUGAUGCCGGAUCUGCUUAAAAAUAAUUGGCUGAGAGUAUCAGCUGACCUCAGCCAAUGAAAUGCAGCUGUGUGCAUAGAAAUAUGUGCAAAAUUUAAAUUGGCCAACCCAGAACUGUUUCUAGGCUGGCUGGUGGUGCUCUAACCCAAUGAUGUUGCCAGGGGAGGAGUUACAUCUCCAGAAACAGAGGGAUCAAACGUUGUAUGUGUAGUGUUUCAUUGUGAAACACUGUGCAUACAGACUACAGGCACCGUGGCUACUUGAAAUAAAUAAAAUGGUCAUGUAGUAACCCUUUAAAUGAACACUACAAUCAUCAAAACCUCUACCGUGCACUGUACAGCAAGCUUGAUUUGUGGACCCAGGACAUACUUGAAAACGAGAGAAAUCUCAAUGUAUCUUUCCUGGUAAAAUAUUUUAUAAAUAAAUAUCUAUGGAGUGUUCCUUUAAAAUUGUUUACUUGCCAUGUCUGGUUGAACAAUAAAAUAAAAAUUUAAUUAACUCAGAUUUUAAAACAAAGUGUACAACCACUACCUUUUACUUAUCUAUUGUGCAAAAUCUCACGUGGCCUUUCCACUGUAACCAAAUGCAGUUUUACUUUUCUAUAAUCAGUAUGUUUAAGUAGAACACGCGCACACACAUUUGUUAUGGUUGGAAGAAUGCCCAGGUGCUGUCUGUCUUAUCUUCAGGGGUUAAACAGUUUUCAAUACCGAAAGCCCCUAUGCACCUCAGCCUACAUCCCUCCUCUCUGCACUACAAUAUUAAGAAUGUUUAGUUUUUUUGUUUUUUUUUACAAUUUGCAAAGAGUGCAGGAUUUGGUAUAAAUUGACACUUUUUUUUUUUUAUAAAUUACCCUAUUUACACCUCUUGGCUUUCAAUCAGACAAUAGGCCUUGUCACUUCCUGGUUUAGUUAGCUCAGUGGAGCUAAAGUCAAGAGGCAGCAACUGCUCAGAGCACCUGAUUGGCAUAGAUUUCUCAUUGAGCUGUAUUGGGAAGUCUGUGAUUGGACAGCCACAGAAAGUCUGGGUGGAGUUGGAAGGGGAAGGUUUGCAGAGGCUGCAGAAAAGAGAACUGUAGGUUUUGCAAGCUGGUUUUAUAUAGAUAGAUAGAUAUAAUCUCAAUGAAAAAAUACAUAUUUAAAUAUAAUCAACUUUUCAUUGUGGGGUAUGUCUACUAAACCAUGGUAGGGGAUAAGUCAUUACACAUUCCUUGACCUCUAAUUAUGUUCCCUCCUCUCUACCUGUGAACAGUAAAGUUGCUAAUGCUUUCCAGAACAUCAGUGAAAAUAUAGCUGGGGCGAAAAAAAAAACCUGCUACACAACUAGGCAUUCAAUGUGUUCUCAUCAUGCUACCUAACUCAUAGCAUAGUUUUUAGCAAAGUUCUGACCUGCAGCACAUUCUCCCAACAGUCACAUGGGUGCACUACACUUGAAGUUGCCUUGCAAAGCAUUGUACACGUGAUCAUUCUUUUCAUGUCGGAUAAUUGCAUUGACAAGCAGCUGCCUGAUGUCAGUUUUAGAAAUAAAAAGCAUUAAUAACUAUCAAAGUCUUUAGAGAUCUGGGUCUAAAGAGUCCUGUAUCUGGUCUUCAGCCCCCAAAGCGCACUCCCAAGCAACACCUAUGAUUGAACUAGCCUCCUUAGCCACCCCCUCUCAAAUGAAUGUGUUCUUUUUAGUCAGUCCCUCAAUGAAACUGAAUCUUUUUUAGCCAAUGAAAAUGGAGGCAUGUCUUCUGUAGUGUAAGUAAUUAUCACAGCACAGACUGCACCAUAGUGAUGAGACUAGAGCCCAUCAGUGCUCCUCUUCCUCCCUACAUUCUCCUCCAGCCCCUAUCAGCUAACCUGACUGCCCAUGGUUAACCCCUUCCCUCUCAGCCCGCCUCACUGCCCACUGUUAACCCCUUCCCUGCCAUUACCUGUCAGCCAUCAUCUCUACCCACUGUUAUCCCCUUUCCUGCCAGUCCCUGUUAAUCAACAUCCCUAGAUAGAGAUAUAGAUAGUUAGCGAUACACACAUAUAUAUAUAUAUAUAUAUAUAUAUACACACAAAGAUGAGUGCACUCUGGAGACUGUAGUAGUAAAGUAGAAAUGCUUUUAUUUUGCACAAAUAAACAUCAACGUUCCAGUCCUCCUGGACUUUUCUCGAGACAAGUGCUAAGUGCCAGAUAACGGUUAUAUAUACACAAGCUGUGAGAUACUUGGAGGGUGAACAGGUGAGAGCAAGACUGGUGAUGUCAGGUAUGAUGACAUCAUCAUACCAGGUUUAACCAUGUGAGUGAAGGUAAGAAAAAAUAUGUACAAAGAAACCAUUAGCUCUAUAACAUAUGAUAAGUGGAGACCAGAUAAAAAGAAGACUGGAUCAACAGAGAGAAUUGGGGUGAUCGUUAUGUGAGAACAGAAAUGAUCAAAGAACAUAAUUCAGUGAUUGUUCCAGUCAUGAAAAGGAGGGGGAAUCUCACAUUAACAGGCAUAAUUAAUUGCAAUGUAAGUUAUACGAGUAUUGCAAAAAAAUGUUGGUAUGUAGCAAACAAUAUAGCAAUAAAAAUGAAACACAUGCAGAUAAAUUGCUACAAGUGAUACGAUACAGUGGGCAAGCUGAGGUUCACUGGGAAAUUAGUUCUAAUCCAUUAGAGUCUGGGAAGGAAACAAUAUAAAAGAUUUUUCUCAUUCAGUCCGUGUGGGGCUAGUGUUCCCAAGGUAUAAAUCCAGUAUGCCUCCCUUCUCAAAAGUUGUGCAUCUCUGUCACCACCUCUAUGGGAUAGUGGGACAUGGUCAAUGCCCAUGAAGCGUAACAUCGGUAAGGAGUGCCCAGCUUCCAAGAAAUGUCGUGCCACUGGAGUAUUGGCAGAACGGGUGUUCAGGGUGAUACGAAUUGCUAAGCGAUGACCUCGCAUUCUUUCUCUUAGGUCAUUAGAGGGUUUCCCGAUAUAUACAAAGCCACAUGGGCAUGUAAUGCGGUAUACUACACAUGUAGUGGUGCAAGUGAUGCGAUGUCUGAUGUUAAAAGUUUUUCCCGAGUGAGGGUGGCAGAAAGUCUUUCCAGUAAUCAUCGAGGUACAUGCUGUGCAACUCAGGCACCGAAAACAUACUCUCACGAUGGGACUUUUUUUUUUUCUUGUAGGAUGAGGUUAUGUUGGUCAGUAUGUACCAGCAUAUCCCAUAGGUUUCUUCCUGUCCUGUAACUCAUGAUGGGAUUAUUACGAAAGAUAGGUGGUAGUGAAGGGUCUUUUCUAAGGAUAUCCCAAUUCCCUUGUAUUAUAGAUGUUAUUUGACGGGAAUGAGUGUGGUAUGAUACAGGGUAGAUUAGUCAAUUUAUCGAUUGGGUUUGAUGGUCGUUCAUCUGCUUUCGUUUAUUGUGCUUGCUGUAGUGUUUGUCUCAAAACUUUUUAGAGUAACUUCUUUGCAAGAAUUUGGUAAACAUCUUUUGUAUUUGUACCUCUGCUUUAGAGUGUUCCAAAUUGUUGCGGAGAACUCUGACAAACUAAGAGAUGGGUUGAGACUCUAUAAGCUUCUUGGGGUGAAAGCUCGAGGCAUGUAGUAUGCUGUAUAGUAAUAGUAUUUCUAUCCGGGGGCUUAGAGUAGAGUGUAUAGCUCAAACGGUUGCCUGUGACAAAUAUUUCAAGAUCAAGAAAUUCGAUACUGGUGGUACUGUACUUGUAUUUGAGUUUCACUGGAGUAGUUAACAUAUUCAAAUUUUGUAUCAUAGAGCAUAUUUCAUCCUCACUACCAGUCCAAUUGAGGGGGAUAUCAUCGACAAAUCUCUAUAUAUUUGACUAUAUGUGCUUUAUAUUGAUUCAAAAUGUAUUUGCUCUCAUACUGGGCAACCUUAAGGUCUACCUCCGGCAUGGCACAGGCCAUAUCGGGAACCAUAGGGCAUGGGCACUCCGCCCUAAGCUUUUUUCUAGUUCUAGGCCUUAUCUAUGGCUUUCCUAAUCCUCGCUGCAAUGUACUGGGCUACGUGGUCAGUGGGGACCAUUCAGCCAACCUUGGGUUUUAGCAGGGCAUCGGGGUCAAACAGGGGUUCCCCCUUCGGGUCGAGCAACCUCCUUGGCACUAAUAACUGGCUUUGCAGACAUGCUGCGGUCAGGAGAUGAGUUCUCCGAGUCAAUAGAGCCGAUCACCGACUUGUCCGAAACUUCCUCAGAAUCCGAUCCAGAGUCGGAAGAAUCAGUCAGGGCUUUUGCCCUUUUCCUUGUCCGCACUGCUUUUGCCUGGCGGGUGGCUCUUUUACAUGGGGGCACCUCGUCCUCAAUAGUAACAGGACGCAACCUGUCCAUCUGUACAGUUUUGGAGGUAUUUUUGCCCACAAAGUGGGUCUUUUUGGUAGUCUUACGGGUGCUAGGGACCACUGGCUUAUCGUCAAAGGCCUAAGGGAGUAUCAAGCCAGGAGCGUGGCUAGAUGCUAUGAUGACAGUUGUAAUAGAGUGAGACAAAUUGUCCGACAUAGCACCCAUAGCAGUGUGAAGGGCCUGGGUGACCGAUUUGGUCAUGGUAGCAUCCAGGAGCGAGUUAAACUCCUCCGAGUUCAUUUGCUCCAGUGACGCUUCUUCCUCCCCAGACCGGGUGGGGUUUUUUGUAGGUAUACGGGGCAGGCGUUGCUCACUGGCACCAACAGGGGCAAUAGAAGUAUUAACCUCAAUAUUAAAAGGGGUCUGCAUGAUGUUAAAUACAGGUGACUUUUUUUUACAAUAACUUCCCACAAUAAUGACACUGGUAACAGAUCACAAUCUGGUACAGAAUAGUAUUGUAGGGGCUGAGAUCAGGGAAGCUGUCACAGGCAGGGGCAGAGCACAGCACAAAUCACAAUAACACAACAGUGGGCUAGCUUACUGAGAGUUCUCUCAGGAAUAGUCUCUGGGGAGCACUGGUAAGCAGCCCAAGUGUCCAGUGAGCCAAUCAGCUCACGCCCGCCCCCACAUGAGCGGCGUGAACAGCCAAAAAAAAAGCCAAACUUUCUCCACACUCAUAAUGGCCGCCAUGAUGAACAGUCAUGAAAUGCGCGAGUGGCAGUUAUUGCGGAAUAGGCCGCAACCCGCGGGCCUCCAGAGAGACGUGCCAUGGGGUAGUAGGGAGAGUUAUAAACAACCCAAAAGUAUGAUAGGAGGAAGGACAGCCGCUGGUGGGGGAGGUGGGAAAAUCCCUGUGAGGAAGCUGAGAGAUGGAGGGGGCCAACCAGAGGGCCCUGGUCAGCACACACAAUAGUGGCAGUACAUAUAUAUACAGACAUAAACUAGCAACAAAAUAAACUGGAAUAAGACAUGAAUAACAGUAACUAGUAGUCCAAAAACAGACAAAUACAGAGCAAAACAUAUCUGAAAAUUCACCAUGACGUCACAACACAACAAUAAUAGACGUUCUUCAGGGUGGCAAAAGCCAAAGCGUUCUCCAAUGGCACCACUAGUAAAUUGCUUGGAAAGGAGACUCACCGUCUAAUCUACAUUUCAACAGGUAAAUUGAUUCAAAAACCGACGUGGUGGAAAUUCAGACAUAGCUAACAUUAUUAUUGAGGAACUGAUUAACUAAUUCAGGAGACGGCAAUACAUGAAAUGCCUAACCUUGGUCAUAGUAGAUGUAGCCUAAAGGCUAGUCUACUACCAUAAUUUUUAAAUGAGCCUCAGCCUACCAUUGAGUAGUUCUUUUAAUGACUGUUGCUGUUUGACUUACAAUAUGUAAGGCUAUGGUAGAUGGUCAAUUUCCCUGUUGCUCGGAUCGGAUGGUACAGAAGUGAGCUUUUGGCAGUGAAAUGAAUAGCGUGCUAUAGCUUAGUGCUUCUCAGCUAGGCAUUCACUCAACUUAAACUCGCGGUGAUGAUGAAACCAAUGUGGUACACCCCUCAAUCAUCCAUCAGCAGUAGCCUACAACUGUGUUUUUGCUUUUUAAUAUCUUCCAUUGACAUUUGAUCAGUAGCCUACCAGACACUAGACGUUCUGUCUCUUCCUUGUAUAAUACUUUUACUUCAGGCAGUGACUGGCAAUGAGUCUGAUCUUCAAAAGAGACCUUAAGUUUACUAAUAUUGGUCUCGAAUUUCCCCAGCUGAAGAUAAUUAUGCUCUGCUAUGAUUUUGUAGAUGGACAGUUUUGAGAAUAAAUUAAGCCAAGUUGAAGAGCAAGCAGGGUUGGCAGCAUAAAGGUAAACGUUGGAUGAAUCAUAAUUUAGGGGAUCAUUACGAUUUCCUCUUAGCAGUUUUAAUAUUGGUUGUUUGCACAUUCUUCCAGUCACUCUGCAAUUUAACCUAACCCCUUUUUUAACAUUGAACACCAGGUACCUGUCAGAGCAAAGCGGAGUAGAGAAGUUACUGCAAGGAGAGGGAGCCCAGAGACAGUCAGGAGCAUCCAAGCCAGACAGAAAGAAGGCAGGCAGUUGCUUUCAGAGACAGAAUGAGAGAGAGACAGAAAGUUUUCACAUGAACUAUGUCUAAUCUUUCUGCAUAUGUUCUUCAGUUGGACAAAUCUGAUUCUAAUAGGUACAUUAGUAAACUGAAGCUCUCGUUUGAAUAUCAGAUUCUGUCUUUGCCAGAUCUAUACAGUCACGUUUUCGUCAUCGUUUCAACUUUGAUCAACAACGUUUUUAACUAUGUAACUAUGCUUAUAGUAGCCAGCUGGAUCUCUUCAGGUCAGUGGAAGCCGCUUACAUUCUGCCACCCGGAAGUUUCUUGGUGCCUAUUGUUUACAAACAUUCUGAAAUGCGCUAUUGAUGGUACUUAGCUGAGGCAGCAGCAAAGAAAGAGGAGUGGCUUAGGGUCACACGGGAGUAUAUGGGAUGUGGACUGCUCUCAAGAUUUUGGGGUUAACUCUCUGAGGGUAUUUGUUUUGCUUUUUCUAUGAAUAUCUUAAUAUAAUUUCUUUGCUGCUGAGGAAUAAAGAAAGAGAUAAAGCAUAACAUAAGCCUCCGUGUCAUUUAAUAAAAUCUAACAAAAUAAUUAGCUAAAUGCAGCUAGUACUAGCAAUGUAUGUUUCAAAAGCUUUUCUUCACUUUUAACAAUGGCCAUUUUGUAAUAAUUCCUCCAGUUAAACUAAUUUAACGUUAUCACUAAACACCUGAUAAUUAAACAUCUGUACUUCUAGUAGCAUUCCUCCGGUUUCGCUGUCUAGAAGGGGCAGUCCGUAUUUGAACCCAUAUCCUAAUGUCUAAUCAGCAGUAAUUCUCACAGUAAUAUGUUUUUAAACAAUAAUAUAUGUUUAGAAAUCAAACUGUGUAAAUGAGAUAUAUUGUUCUUGUACAUUACAUUUUAGGUGCAUAAAUUGUUAUUAAUAAGUCACCUAAAUUUUCUAAGCGCAGCCCUGCCCCUGGCAACACCCCAACUCACACCCCUAAAAUUAAAUUGCCCCUCUCUGUCCAUUUGAAAUGUUGGAAGGUAGGUCAUUCUGCUGAGAAUGUAUUAUAGCCUGCUUUGUGAACUUGUGAUUCAAAUUUAAUUAUUCUCUAAUUCUGAGGUCACUUUUUCCCUGCCUUACAUGUUUGGCCUUCACAAGUCAUCAAACCACCCUAAGGUCCUCGCCUUGUAGUCACAUCAGUUAUAGACAUCAACUUGGGGAAUGCCUAAAAGGCUUCAAUCGUUGUCCCGCUCAUUUCAGACCUAUAAUUGACUUGGAUUAUAGACUUCAGUCUUCUUAUAAAGCGUUUUUGUUUAUUUUACUUAAAGCUGCUUUAUCACUUAUAGGGAGGUGAUAAGGGGUUGCACUCCAGAAGCUGAAGACAAACUUCAGGAAGAAGAUUGUAUCCGUUAGCUUCUCCACUUUUCCUCUUCACAUGAAGUAGGCUUAUAACCUUUGGGGGGCCUUGCAAAAUGUGCAAAGAUGCUGAAGAGACAUUUCUGAAUGCAAUUCAUGUGUAAUUACUAACAUAAGUAUUUGGAGACCUGGUUACAAAGCUGAAAGUCUUGCCUUUGUCCCUUCCAUUUUUUUUUCUCUCCCCCACUCAAUUUGCAUUUUUAGAGAUACAUUGGAGCUAGAAGAGAUAAUGAAUAAGAAUUCAGUCAGCUUGUCCUCCCAUUAAAAGUGCUAUAGUUUGUCAAAAAAAGAGCAUUGGCACUAGGGUGAUGUUAGCCACAUACAUUAGGGUGAUAUUAGUCCACCACUACCAAUUUGCAUAAAUUUUUGUGUAAAUUAAACGAAGCAUCAGUCCUUGCCAGAUAGCUCUAUUCAUGAGGGAUCGGAGAGCAUAUAAGCAAUACUAAGGACACAAUCUAGGCAUCCGCACUACAAAUUCCUGUAUGUGUAAAACGUGUUUGAUCAAGGGUUUUAGCUUCACUGAUGAAGACUCGUGACCUCUCUGCAUAGUAAACUAUAUAAUGAAUAUCCCUUAUUAACAAAACAAAAAUAAAACCUAAGACAAGAUAAGCAAAAUAAUAUUAUCCUCUGAAUUCCAAUAGUUUGCAGCAAAUCUGCAGAUUUUCCAUAGAACAUGAAAUGGUUAAGUUUCUCUUAGACAACCAUUGUUCUUUGUUUUCAGUAGCAAGGGUGAGAGGUUUAUGACAUUGGUGCCCUGGUUACCGAAAUAUUAAAUGUUAAAAUUAACAAGAUUGUAAACAAAAACUUGUUGAAAUCGCACAUUUUGCACCCAUAUAACUUUGUAAAGCAAAGUUGCAUAGGCCUAUACUUCAGGUGGCCUUUCUGGUAUGUCAAAUUAAAAAAAUAAGUGCCUCUUCACUGGUUGAUUUUAUAUGGAUUGACCAUUGUAGUUCAGAAAAUGCAAGUACUUUAUGGGAAAAUAAAUGUGCAUGAUUCUGCUCUGCAGCAGCGGUGCAGACUGUAUAAGUUUUCAAAGUAGUUUUCAUGGAUGAACCUAAAACACGACGUACACAGCCUUGUAUCCAUGGAUAGAAUUUACUUUGCUGCAUUGAUUGCUCAAUUAGGAUUUGACUAAAGUGGAGAGAUGAAAGGGAGAGUUUGUUGCAACAUACCGUAUCCAAGGAAUUUAGGUUGUUAUGGUACUUUGUAUGUGCAAUUAGAGUAAGGUCUGUCUUUAUAUUUUGAAUCCAAUUGCUACAGCAAAUCAUGCAUUAUCUUAUAGAAUUAUUCUGAACUGGUAGUUCUAAAACUUGUAAAGAAUAAACAAAAGUUAGUCAUUUUUAAUGUUCUUAUGUUGGCACAAUAUUUAUUGGCACUGUUAGAUUGUUGUGGAGGUGAAUUGCAAAUUAAAUUGGCAAUUCAAGGAUGAGCACUUCAUUGUGCUUUUGGGGGGAGGGCAGUGUUUUGUCUUUGUUUUGUUUUUCUCAAGUGGCACUGUCAAGUCAGUACCUUGAAAAUAGAAAAUGUUCAGUACAGGACACUCUUAGCACCUUCACGUCUUAUGUUCCAUGAAUAGAUUAUAGUGUAAUGAGAUCAAACUGUCAAUGGAAUCACAAGUCAGUCAGCAGAAACUUUAAAACCAGGGAUUUACAGGAAAAUCAAAUGUUUGCUUUUGCAUGUUUUUUGACUGCAAUAUCUACAAAGUGCAUUAACAAAUUUCCUUUUUGAACAAUAUUGGUAAUGCCUAUAAGUAGAGAUAAAGACUUGCCUUAAGAACCUUUUAGUGACAGUGGUACAUUACAACAGAGUUUGGUACAUUCUGGUCCCUAAAGUGUUAGAGAACACCACCUGAACCUGAAAAAUGUCUAAAUUAUUUAAGAUGUUCAACUUAACUACUGCUUUGCAGGUCAGCAGCAAGGAGCGGAUGGAGUGAAGGUACAGCAAGCUACAAUAGCUCCUGUUACAGUAUCAGUUGGAGGCAUUGCUAAUGCCACCAUUGGUGCUGUCAGUCCUGACCAAAUAACACAAGUGCAGCUUCAGCAAUCUCAACCAUCUUCUGACCAGGAGGUACAGACUGGCAAGAGGCUAAGAAGGGUGGCAUGUUCUUGUCCUAAUUGCAGGGAAGGUGAAGGAAGGUAAGUAAAUAUAGUCAUGUUUUCUUGUAGAAAAUUUUGAAGGGGAAAAAAAAGAUCUCAUUCUUCCCAACUUUCAUCUCUUUAUGGCCGUUAUUCAUUUUAAGACUUUGUCCCAUUCACUUUAUCUGUUUGUGUGGGAAACUCUUCAAAGUAUGAAAUACAUGUGUGCCAUUAAUUGAGCAAUAGCACGUUAAUUAAAACCAAAACUGCAUCUCAGAUUGAAGUCAAGUAGAUAUCCACUAUAAAUGAUUAACUUAACUGCAUGACCAUGUUCAGCACAUACAACAUCAGCUGUAUAUUGCAUCAAAAGUAAGACUUCUACAGUUAUCGGUCAGGUUUGAUUUUUAAUGUUGAUUUAAACCUGUAGAGGUGAAUGUGAAUCAUAUUGCAAUUCACAAUAUUGUCUAACAUCACUGGUAAUACAUUGCAACAGCCGUGUAAAAAAACAGCCUCGCUAACAAGGAGAAGUAUACUUGUAGAACAAUGCGAAACACUGUCUGCACAUCUGUUAGAAUUUACAGACUACUCUAUAGUGCAUUGGACUGAUAGUUAACGUGUAAUCUCCACGGACACCACUCCAUUGUUGUUACUGAUAGCUUUUCUUUAUAGACCUUUGCUUCAGACUUACUGCUUAUGUAUUUGCUGCUGGUUAUUCUUUGCCACUAUUGUGCACUGUCAAAACUAAACCCGUUAUCUUGUAUUCUUUUGCAACUCUUACAAAACAAACUAGAGUGUCGUAAAAUGUCGUUUUUAUGUUUACUUUUUGUUUUCUGUCUUCACUUUAGAGGGAGCAGUGAACCUGGGAAAAAGAAGCAACAUGUCUGCCAUAUUGAGGGCUGUGGAAAGGUCUAUGGGAAGACCUCUCACCUCCGUGCUCACCUUCGUUGGCACACCGGCGAAAGACCAUUUGUGUGCAACUGGAUAUUUUGUGGCAAGCGAUUUACUAGGAGUGAUGAAUUACAGAGGCACAGAAGAACUCACACAGGUACAUCUUUCAUUCUUUUAUUUAUACAUAGCUAGGGUUUCUUUGUGGAGUACUGCACUAUCCCACCUUCAUAAGCAGAUAUGUUUCUGCUGUCCUGUGUGCACAAAUCUCUAUGGUUCACUCAUUGUUCUUGAUUUACAUUCACUAUCCUUUCAUUAUUCAUUCAACUUCACAAACUCAGUUUUUCUUUUCCAUUUUCAAUUACUUCCUGUUCUCUAUUCCAUAAUAAUAUUUCUGUUGUUUGUUUCAUGUGUCCAUUUUAUUUUUUACCCUGAAUACACCAUAUUUCCAUAAUAUUUUUAGCUGCCCCAUGUUUCUCUCCUCCUCCCCCCAUCUUUCUUCUCUCUACUCCAUUUUUAGCCUGUGAGUUCAUCUUUCUCCAGUCCAGUGUAUAGUUAAGCUUUAUCAAAGUGUUAUAAAGUGAUGGAAAAAAAUCCCUUUUAUGAAGUUUAAUAAUAUACAUGAGUUGAAUUUUUCCUAUGACAAUUUUAGCAACAUGCCACAGUACAUGCACAUAAGAUGCUUGCUUCACCCAUGGAAAGAAAUAAAAAGCAGAGGAUUCUCUGAAGAUUUAUAUGGGAAAAUCAUCUAAGAAGGCAUUAUCUAUAUAAUGCAUUAAAAAGAGGAUGCUUAAAUGGAAACUAUAGUCACCAGAACAACUACAGCUUAUUGUAUUUGCUUUGGUGAAUAUAAUCAUUCCCUUCAGGCUUUUUGCAGUAAACUCUGUCUUUUCAGAGAAAGGGCAGUGUCAUUACAGCCUAGGGAUACCUCCACUGGUCACUCCUUAGAUAGCAGUGCUGCACAGUGUGCAUUCAGUGUCUCCACCCUCUGCAUGGAGACGCUGAACAUUCCUUAUAGAGCUGCAUUGAUUCAAUGUAUCUCUACGAGGAGAUGCUGAUUGGCCAGGGCUGUGUUUGACUUUUGCUGAUCUGCCUCCUUGACACUCUCAGCCAAUCCUUUGGGGUAGCAUUGUGAUUGGCUCUGACCACCACUUCUGAUGAUGUCAGCCAAGCAGGCAGAUCGGGCAGAGCCAGCAGCAGCAGACUGGAAUAAAAGUAAGAUUUUACUAUAUUUUAGGGGGUAGGGUGGGGGACGCAGGGGGACCAGAUGGUGGGUUUUAACACUAUAGGGUCAGAAAUAUGCUUGUGUUCCAGACCAUGUAGUGUUCCUUUAAUCGACGCAGGAGAAUCUCUUAAUGUUUUUUUUUGUUUUUGUUUUUAACUUCAGAAUAACGGGAAAUUAGGUAGUAUCAUGGGGGUCUAUCUGUGACAACACAGCAGAUUGCUAUUCAAAAUUGAAUAUGUGAAAGUGCUCUGUUUAUGCAUUUCAUGCAACAGGCUGCAGUAUUCAUCUGCACAGACAAAUAAUACACUUGACACUGAAAAUGAAAGCUAUUGCAAUCUUUUUGGUGGCAGUUUGAGCACCUGGUACAGAACUUUUAUUUAUUUGUUUUUCUCUUUGCCUUUUAAUUACAUGAUUUCUUAUGUGAUACAUGUAAUGAAGAAAAAAUAAAAUAUAGAUUGCAGAAUUCAAAUUAUUUGUGCUGUUUUGUAAUGAAUUACAUUGUAUUCUGUUUUUUUUGUUUUUUUAGGUGAGAAGAGAUUUGAAUGUCCAGAAUGCUCAAAGAGAUUUAUGAGGAGUGACCAUCUUUCCAAGCAUGUUAAAACCCAUCAGAACAAGAAGGGAGGUGGCACUGCCCUGGCCAUCGUAACUUCGGGAGACCUGGAUUCGUCCGUCACAGGAGUCCUUGGUUCACCAAGAAUUGUCACAGUUGCCACCAUCUCUCAAGAUUCCAACCCAGCAACUCCAAAUGUUUCAACAAACAUUGAUGAAUUCUGAAAUACUUUUCAAUGGAGACUCAUGCUGCUGCACUUGACGUAUGUAAUUAGCAGGAUCGUGAUAUGGUGUGUAGAGUGGAUUACAGGGGAGAUAUCAUGUUUUAAAUUUUUUUACUAUUAAAGAAUAAAGAAAGGGGUUGGCAUGAAUCUGUGAACAAUAUCCAUUGUUUUUCUAUCAUUAGGUCAUAUAUUUAAAAGGCAAAUAUUUUAUCUGUAUCAUGUAUAUUCUACAUUUUGUAACACCGAUUAGCUUCCACUAUGUUUAAACUUUUCCUCAUUCCUUUCUUGCAAAAUCAAGAUGCUAAUGUUUUAAACCACAUCACGAGAAGUGCAUCAUUGGCUUCGGACCACAAAUACUGCAAACUCCUGAUUUGUAAAAAGGCCUUACAGUUAUAUCGUAUUUGUAGAAAAUGCUAUGAGUCUGCAAUCAUCUUUGCAAAGAAAUGAUUUUUUUAUAUGGAGACAUAAUUUAAAAUAUAACAUUUGGAUAGUUUAAGGAAGUUAUUUAUAUAAAAAAUGCAGGGUACAUUGAAUUUCAUACAUUGAAUUUCCACUGGGCCCCUUCUGUACUCAUGGAUGUAAAGGCAUGUAAAUAUGGGUAAAUCAUCGCUCUCUCCUUAAAUUUCUCUGUGUGAAAUGAAUAUUUGAAAGUGUAACAUGUUAAAAGGGCGGCAGUCGGUUAAGUCCACAUUCCAUUGAGUGAGUUUUGAUUUUAAAUUAUUAUUUUUAUUUUGUAUCUCCUAUCUUGGGUAAAUCUAAUGUUUAUCCACUCUAUAUUUAGACUUUAGAGAAUUGUAGGAUUUGGAUUUAAUAUUGAGUAAUGCACUAAAUAAGGGAUUCUCAAACCUGUCUUUAGUACCACUAUUAAACCAGAUUAUAACCAUGAGGACAAGUCAUUUAAAUCUUUAGAGUGUCUAUUUAAACAAAGAGCAAACGGCAUCAUGAGGCACAGAGUGUGUGUGUAUACAGUAUAUGCAUGUAGAUAUACAUAUUUAAAGAUAUAUACAUUUUUAAACAGAGUUGUCCAUUUUCUAAUGUGCUGCAUUAUUCCCUACUGUGGUGCAUUUUGAUAUUUUGCUUAGCUUUGGUUGUAUUACUUUUAGCAUUCUAUAACAAAUGAUAGUUAUGAAAUACUUAUUUUUGCUCCAUAUUAGUUGAAAUUCAAAGUUUUUGCAAUAUUCAAAAUAUACAUAAUUAUUAUUAUAUCAACUGGUGUUACAGAAAAAGACUUGGUAAGUCUACAGACUAGAUGUAUAGCACAUGAAUAACAUCGGUUUACCAUUUUGAACUAGUAAAAAUUCUAGCUAUUCCACUAAAUCGUAUACUAUAUAAUAUAUUGAGGGGAUGAGUUGAGACAAUUUAAGUUUUUUCAGGCAGUUUAUCAACAGUGUGUUGCAAUUUGAUAUACUUCUUGAAUUUUUUGUACGCCAGAAGGAACUCUCUCUACCUGUAAAAAGCUGAAGUGGUGUACGCAUUUGUGUGUAUUCCUUCAGACGCUAUGAAACCAUGGCAUUUAUUUGUAUGGCAUCUUGUGGUUCCAUGCCUCAGGUACCCGUAGCUAUUUACAGACAGAUGUAUAGAUUUAUUACACACAGUAGUACAAUACUUAGGCACUAUUGAUACAUUUUGAAUAUUGGCAAGUAAUUGGAGCCAAGCACUUACAGACGUAAUUUGAGAAGGACAAAAAAAUCAGAUUUGGGAAUAAUUCUAAUGUUAGAAUUAAAAUUUCUGGUCUAUCCACCCUCUUAUUCAGGAUGCUGGCUAGAUACAUACAACCAAUGAUGCUGUCUUGUUUCUGUCUUUAUCUAUUAUCUAGAAAUUACUAUGCAUUAAUAAAUGCUUCCUCACAAUGUGCCUCCCUGUUCACUGCAUGAGUGCUUACAAUUAAUUUUAAUUUUUAAUGAAUGAGAAGCAGCGAAUGGUUCUAUUUGUGCAGAUCUGUACUGCUGUACAACACUAGUAAGCCCUGACUUUGUGUCUCGUUCACUGGAAUGAUAAAACAUUAGCACAGGGAUAAAUGUGUGAAAUUUUCAGCAGUACUAUUAGUGGUACUUAAAGGCAACUUUUGGGUUUCCCUGUUAUAGUGCAUCAACUUUCAUUAAGUUGUAUAUGUCUUUAAAUAAAACUAAAAAGCACUUAAAUAAUACAUGUCAAUUUUAGACAGAAGAAAGUAAGAUUGCAAAUGUCCAGUUUUUGAGAAGCACAAUUUUUUCCCUCAAAACUACAAGCAAACAAGAGUGACAGGGCAUGUCACAUAUUGCUAGAUUUGGUCACUAGUCAUUUCAUAAUUGGAAACAUUUUAAAUCGUAAUCUUUUAACAUUUUGCAAGUAGUUAAAAGAUGAAUGAAGUUAACACAUUUUCUGAAUAACUCAAUAAGUAAAUUAACUGGUUUCAGGUCUCUCUCUAAUUUAGAAAGAAUACCAGUUGAGCUUGUUGUAUGUUUUUGUACAUAUGUUAGUGACUGUAUAUGUAUACAUUUAUAUAUACACAUACUUGUAUGUUUUAAUUUUGGUUUUAAAAUGUCCCAUUAAUGUGUGUUGUUUUUAUCAUUUAUAGAAAAUAACAUUUUGUUAUGUCAAUGCCGCGAUCAGAUCUUACUAUAAAGUAGCAUAAAAUGCAGUUUCAUGUCAGAUCAGAGAUUUAUGGAAUAUGUUAUUUAUUAUUAUUAUUAUUAUUAUUAUUGAAACCAAUGUAGUUAAUCAAUUCUCUGCAAUGCAGUAUCAAUCUGGAUCCACAGAUUGCUCCAUUCGGUCAGUAUGUAUAAAUAAAGGGACAUUACAUUUGUCAGUUUGAAUUGUGCACGUAUGUGUAAAUAUAGAUAUAUACCUGUAUGCACAUAUGUUGGUAGGAUUUUUUUUUCCACUUUAUUAAUACACUUUCUUUUUGAGCACUUAAAAUGAUCUUAUUUCUAGCUGUUGAGUCGGACUGCUUACAGUCAGUAGACAUUAGCGUAGCUUUGUUUUUCUUUUUGUUUGUUUUUUUAAGUUUGUGCACAGCGGCUCUUUUUCAUGAUGUUUAUUAUAAAUGUUAUUGCUUUGCAAUUUGUAACAGUGUUUUCGGCCAGGUCUAAAAGUUUGAUGUAUGUUUAUUUAUAUUGUUUUCAUAUAAAGCUUUAUGUAAAACAUUAACAAUGCUAUAUUUAUUGCUGACAGAUUUUGCCAGUGGUUGUAUAAUAAACCAUGGUGAACUUGCCUAUAUCUGUGGCCUGCAGGCUGUUCUUCAGCCCCUUUGGGAUUCAAACAAUUGUCUUUUUUAUUUCCAUUUGUGUAGAUCAUACAGUAGCCACUGACAAAAAAAAAAUAAAAAAUAAAAAAUUGUAAUUUAAAGUCCAAAAAUUUCUUUAAACAUUUCUAAACUGAAAUUAAAGUAAAUGCUAAAUUUUACAUAAUUUCACUCCUCAGUUGUGUAUCUACUAAAUGAAGAAUUCAAAAAGGAAUGUAAUCUAACUGCUGUGGUAUUCAAGAUGUGCAGUUGACAGCAAUAUUUGGUUUGAUGUCAUUUCACUGUUGGUCAAUAUGCCACUGUUUUACAAAAAUGCUUUGAUGUAUUUGUUUAUUUGUAAUGUUAGAAUCGCAGUGUUUUUCAUUUUGCUAAUUUAAAAUCUGUGUUCGAGUAGUAGAUGUAGAUGUGCUUCAGAUCUCAUUAGAAAAUUACAUUAAUUUAUAGAUUUUCUGUUUUAGGAUGAUAGGGUUGAUUGUGAAAUGUGAGAAAGCAUGUUAGGUCUAACUUUUCAAUUUUAGGACACUUUUAUUAAAACCAUAUUUGUAUAUAGUUUUAAUGCCUCGUGCUUCGUUGUGCAUCUCAGAACAAGAAAUUCAUUUGAUAUGCAAGACAAAGUAUUCAAUUGGACAUCAUUUAAUAAAUGAAAUGUUAAAACAAAUUGUUUCUAGUAUCUACAAUUCAUUUUUGAGGGGAAAAUAACUAAUUGGGGGGAAAAGUUGCAAAUUCCCUCAAAUUUUGCCAGCCUCCACAUUUGUCAAUUUUACAGUGCUGAUUUGUAUAAACCUUUGUUCUUUAUUGUGGAUUUGGAAAUAAAAUUAUGUGAAAUUUGUUGUCCAAAA